AUGUCGAAGACAGCUGAGAAGCAUGCCCUGCUAUUUGGCUCAAGUGGAAUCACUGGGUGGGCCAUCGUUAAUGCUAUACUCCAAGGUUAUCCCAGCCAAGAUACCUUUGAUUCUGUGACGGCCCUCACCAAUCGCCCAAUCAGCAGCGAAACCACUCAGUGGCCAGUAUCUGAGAAGCUUCACGUUGUCAGCGGUGUAAACAUCCUGACACCCGGAGGGCAGGAAGCUCUCGAAACAGAUAUCCGGAACAAAGUAGAGAAUCUCCGGAAGAUUACCCACGUCUACUUCUGCGGUAUGGAACCUUACAUCAUGAACCUCGACCCGGCAAAGGAAUGCGAGAUCAACACUGAGCUCGUCAAAAAGGCUGUUACUGCCAUUGAUCGCCUAUCCCCAAGCCUGCAAUUUGUCGUCCUGCCAACAGGCACCAAGGCAUAUGGCAUCCAUCUCAUUGAUCACUUUCCGUUCGCAAAGAAACUCCCUCUGCGCGAGUCGCUACCGCGAAUCCCUGAACCAUUUGGCUCGCAACUCUUCUACUACCACCAGAUUGAUGCGCUGUCUCGGCUUUGCGAGGGGAAGAGUUGGUCUUGGUGCGAAGUCAGAGCUGACACAAUUGUUGGCUUCGUGCCAAACAACAACAUUUAUUGCGCGGCACAGACGCUGGGAAUUUACCUUUCUCUCUUUGCAGAAAUCCAAGGAAAAGGAGUCGAUUGCCCUUUCCCGGGCAACGAAAAGUGUUGGAACAAUCUCAGCCACGAAAGCAACCAAGAUAUUCUCGCCAAGAUUUGCAUCUAUGCAUCGUUGCAUCCCAAUGUCACACACAAACAGACGUACAAUGCCGGUGACAACUUUGAAUCUUCUUCUUGGAGAUACAGAUGGCCGGUCAUCUGUGAGUACUUUGGUUUGAAGGGCACUCCUCCUCUGCCAGAUCGCCAGGCUCCUCUGCCUGAGCACUAUCUGAUGAAGCAUGUUGAAAAGUGGAAAGAGAUGGAGAAGAAGCAUGGCCUUGUUGGCGGUCACAUUAUCAACGACCGUACCUUCAUUGAGCCAACGCAUGGCGUGGGAAUGAUAUACGGUCUGACGAACAUGCUCGGUUUCGACAGGCAGCUUGACAUGACCCAGUGCCACGAGAUGUGGGGUUCAGAAAGGCUCGAAUCAUUCCGUAGCGGCUCUUCGUCUUUUUCAAGAAUCAUUAGUAACGUUGGCUUCAACAAUUCUUCCUUUUUGUUGAACGGAUCCUAUCGGGAGCUGGCCCCGGCCCUCAUUGAGGAGGCCUUGCCGGAGGUGGCCCCGAAACCAGACCCACCCUUCCGGCCAGUGGCCGUGCGUUACAGUGGCCACCUUACGAUGGACGCAGCUGAGAUGCAACUUCCGCAUUUCAAACAUUCCACGCAUUCUUUCAGUCCGACGCUGCUUGAGGCCGGGCCUGAAGGCAUACUCGUGAGGUCGACGAGUAUGCUGCUCUUCCCCGAUGGCGACGUCAACGGCGACGACGCCAAACGCGACAAGCUCGCCGCCUUGCCCGAGGAGCUCCUCAUCGAGACGCUGAAUCGCCUCUGCCACAAGGACCUCUGCAAUGUAUCGCGCUUGAACAAGCGCUACCAUAGGUUGGCCGAUGCCGUCUUGUACAAGAGCGUUCACUUUCAGAGCCCGGAGCUUCAUCUCACUUUCAGCGAAUCGCUGGGCCGGCGACCGCGGCGUGGUUCGGCCAUUAAUGAGGUGAAAUUGAUUUAUCCUAAUGAGGAGCUUUCGCGCCUGGCCCUCGACGCACCCGUUCACAACUCUCAUUAUGACCCCACGCGGUCCGACACUCUUUCGCGCACACUUUCCGUCAUGUCAAAUCUGGAAAAACUCGACAUUGCUGUUCCUCACGUCCUUUUACACGGCAUCGGUACCCUUUUCAACGGGCCGUUCGACUUGGCGUACCUCAAGGAGUGCACACUAUUCUACCAGUGCGCCGAUGACGCCUACUGGGACCUGCGAGAAAACAUCCACAUCUUUGCUCACCCCACGCUGGAGACCCUGAUCAUCAAACGAGCCAAACUCGACGAGAAGGGAUUCGAUUUCAUGGAGCGUCCCCACGAGACCGGCCUGAAGAAGUUACACCUUCUCGAAUGCGACAUUAACGAUGACGGACUCUCAGACCUCCUCGAAUUCCCAGAGGGCCUGGAAGAGUUCGUCAUGACGCAGACGGCAGAGCCGAAGCCCGAGCUGGAGGAGAGCUCCGACAACUUUGCCGACUACGUGCUCGCCCUCAACUCCCAGGCCCACUCACUCAAGACGUUCACCAUUGACUCGCCAACGCUCGGCUGUCGCAAACCGUUGAGGAUGAGAGAAUUCGAGGCGCUCAAGAGUAUGAGGAUGAACUGGGACUACCAGCUCUUUGGAAAGACGUCUAAGAAGCCGCGCAUGCACUCGGUCGGUCUCCCACCAGAGAUGGAGAUUUUGGAGUUCUUCAACGAGAUGGGCUCCGACGAGGAGGUGACGGAUCUUCUUCUCUACACGAUUCAGACCAAAGACGUCGUCGCCAAGGCCUGGAAGACCUUUGUGGUGCCCGAGGGCGACGCUGGAGUUUCACGUGAGAUCAAGGAAGCGUGUAGAGAGCACGGCUUGCAGCUGGAUAUUAUCGGGGCAUUCGACACAGACGGUGAAGCUGAUUAG